AUGACUGAUAUUAUUGUACGUAAUUGGGCAAUUAAUCUUUGGUAUCAAGAUAUUAGUCAUUCUUUUCAAAAAUUACUUCGAACUGCUCCUGAUAGUACACCUGGUCUUCCCGCAGUUGGUACAUGGGUAUCAUUAGCAUCUUGGUCAUCACAUGUUGUUGGAUUUAGUAUUCGUCAACAGUCAAUACCAGAAUUAUGGACAUAUGUCAUUCGUAAUUUACCACAACGGAUGCAAAAUAUUCUUGAUAGAAUUCCGUUUAAAUUGGUUGAAUUACUGUUCAAAGAAAUUCUUCAACAUGCAGCAUUUGCACUUGGUGAAGGAAAUAGGGUGAUUUUUAGUGAUAUUGCUACUUCCUAUUCGCGUUAUGGAAUGGAAUUCUGUUCAUAUACAACAAAACCUGAUGAUGCACUUUUAGUAGAAUUUAUUCAAAAGUACGUGUGUACAGAUGGUGAAUGCACUUUAGCAAAAGCAAUUUGGGCACUUUUUAAAGCUCAUUUUGGAAGAGAUGGAUCAUUAACAUUUACUGAACGCGAUCAAUUAAUUCUUGUUCAAAGUAUCUAUGCUGGCUUAGCAGAACAGACUCACGUAGAUCCAUAUAUCAAUGCAUCUCUUCCUGGUUAUACGCUAGAAUGGUGUCGAUUUUGGCCAAGUAAGAACGUUUCUGAAUGUCCUGUUGUAGUUAAUAGUAUUGUUACUAAACUUAUGGUACAUGUUAUUGUUGGAUCACAUCGUAUACUAGCCGAACAGAAUAUACCUUCAAAGACGCAUAAUGGAUCAGAUUUUUCACCAUAUCUUUCAGAACUGACAUUACCAGAAGCACAUGAUGCUAUGUCGAAAAUGUUAAAUUCUACAACGGUCCAAUUAGAUCAUACAGCUGCGAAUGAUUGGAAUAUUCUCGCACAACGGUUGCGAUUUGUAGCACCACUCUUUUGGGUAUUUCAAGAUCAUGAAGAAAUCAAUUGCUACAUAUAUACAGUCGAGCAAGAACUUCUCAUUCGUACGAAUCAAGCUCAUCAGAUGGAUCAAGGUUCAUGGUAUCGAUUGUGUGACAAAGAUUGUUGUGCAGCCAAUGGUCAAUAG